GCUUUCGGGACAGCUUAGAGUCUGGAUGUAGCCAUCCAGUUUGCUCUUGGGUGAACUGUGACCUGUGACUUUUCCCAGAGCACUCUGAUUUUGGGCUGGCUGGUAGCUGCUGGGGGGUGGGGGGGAGCCUGCUAGAAAUCAGUCACUUCUCCUGGAGGUAGGGAUGAGGAGACUUCCUGGCUCCAUGUGGUCCCUGUACCUGCGUUGUCCACUAGGAAGUAUGGCUUAUGUGCAAGAUAGGACAAUUUAGAUGAUGGCUGUGAACAGUACUGGUGAGUAUAGACCAUGGAGAGAGCAGGGGAGAUGCUGAGGGAGAUCAACCACCCCAGUCCUGACAAAGCCUCAGGAAGAACUGGAGGUACUCGCCCUGGCCCUGUGCCCCAUCCAGUAAGCUGGUCCCAAUUCCCGCUCCCAGCUGUCGCUAUGGAGAUGGCCUUGCUUCUCCUCCUCUUUGGGGGCUUCUGGGCCCAAGUGGUGAGCCAAGAAAAUCUGCAGAAUAUGUCGAUGUUGCCAUUUUCUCUGCAUAGCACAUCCCCAAUUGCUAUGCUGCCAGGGACCGUGGACCCAAAGGAGAGUAUCAGCCCCUGGAGGCAGACCCCAGUCCCAGCUUCCUUGACCCCCUUGGGAACUCCAGAAUUGUUUUCUUUUGAGACACCAGCUGAUACCAGCAGGAGCACCCCAGUAACUGAGCCUACAACCUCUCAGGACAUUUCCAACACGGAAUUAUCAAUACUGGCUCAAAAAUUAUCAGAUGUACUUAGUGACCCUCCUGUCACCAUAACUAAUCCUGUGACAAUCAGAACCUCUUUAGAAACCUUUACAGGGAGUAGUGCACCUCCCGUGACUGUGACAACAAGCUCUACCACGGCCAGUGGACAAUCUGUGGCUAUAACUGUAAGCUCUGAGAGCAGUGGCCCUCCAGUCACUAUGACUAUUGGUGGCACCCCAGGCUCUGGUACAAAAAUAUCCAGGUCUACCCCAAAUGCCACAACCACCAUGUCACCACGCCAAGGAUUUAGUGCCAUGGGGCUGCUCCCCCUGCUCAUUGCCUUGGUGGUGGUUUUGGCCCUCAUUAUUGUACUGCGGCUGUGGCACCAGAGGCAGAAGGGAAGGAACCUGAGCAGAGGUGGAAUACUAAAUAGGUUGAUGGAUGCCUGGGCUGGGUCAGCCCGGGUUCCUGAUGAAGAGAACACAACCGGAACAGCGAGAGGGAGCAACAAGUGCUCUGGAGCACCAGAGACUGACAGCUGUGGUCGUCGGCCCAAUGUCUGCACUUUCUUCAGCAGAUGGAAGUCUAGCCAGUGCUCCUUAGAAGAGCUGAAACCUGGGAAGGAUCCAAACCUGAAGGGGGAGAAAGAGCCUCUGGUAGGCAGUGAGGCCAAAGCUGUGGAAACCCCAACUUCUGACAAGCCACAAGUCAAAGAUGGGGCUGCACCUCAAUCCCAAUGAGUAGCUGUAUUCAACUAGUCAGCUCCUCAACCCCAAAUCUGUUGUCAGCUGCCUCACACUCUGCAUUUGUGAAUAUUUGUGGACCAGA